ACGCAUUCCGCCUCACUUUUAGCUUCAUUCUGCGAUCCAGAUGGUUUUCAGGUCGCCUCUCGACUUUUUCUCAGCCUCCCGCCUCCUCCUGCCGCACUUUACGGAUGGGUCCCCUGUCCUGGCACGCUCUCAGUCUCCGGAUGAUCCUUCCGCGACUUGCCCUCCUCUUGCCCUCCCAGGACUAUGUUUCUCUGCAGCGCAGAUUGCCAGCGUGUGCGAGACACUGGAGGAGACGGGAGACAUCGAGCGGCUGGCCCGCUUCCUCUGGUCACUCCCAGUGACCGCGGACGGCCGCGACACCAUCUCUGAACACGAGUCUGUGCAGCGGGCUCGCGCUGUGGUAGCCUUCCACACGGGAAGUUUCCGUGAGCUUUACCACAUCCUGGAGACUCAUCGUUUUACGCGCGCCUCGCACGCUAAACUGCAGGCGAUGUGGCUCGAAGCGCACUACCGGGAGGCGGAGAAGCUCAGGGGUCGGCCACUCGGACCCGUGGACAAGUACCGCGUGAGGAAGAAGUUCCCGUUACCCAGGACCAUCUGGGACGGAGAGCAGAAGACACACUGCUUUAAAGAGCGCACUAGGGGCCUGCUGAGAGAGUGGUACCUGCAGGACCCGUACCCUAAUCCGGGAAAGAAGCGGGAGCUGGCACAUGCCACCGGGCUGACACCGACCCAAGUAGGGAACUGGUUCAAAAACCGCAGACAGAGAGACAGGGCGGCGGCAGCCAAAAACAGUAACAGGUUGCAGCACCACCGUAUGUGUUCCGACAGAGCGCGUGCACUAAGCAGAGGAGGCUGUAGUCCAGACGGGAGCACAGAGCGCGCGGAUGGAGAAACUCUCCUCUCAGUAACGGACAGUGACUCUGACUUGGAUGUCUGACAAAUUACCAUUUGGGGGCCUGGCGCCCCGUGUUGGUUAACAGUGAGGAGAAUGUAUGUGGACAAACUCUGCAGGGUGUGCGCUGCAAUAAAUGCUCGGGGUAUAAAACGCAAUAUACCCCAGCCGAAUACAUCGGCGCAGGUUACAUGAACAUUUUGUCUUUUUCCAUUUUUGUUUUCAGUUUUUUGAUGGUCCCCAGGUACAAAUCGCGAAUUUUAACCACCGUUUUUAUUUUAACUGCAUCACUGGUUCACAUCUGCUCACCCAGUUUUUCAUGAACUUAAUUAAACAGGCAUCAAACGGUGGACCCCUGUUGGACUAAAACCCAGGGACCCCCCUAAAAAGAAGGGCCUUUACAGGUUGAAAGCUGCCAGUGAGCGAAUCACUCUCAUUUUCUCUAAUUUUUUCUUUAAUCAGUCUAGUUGUUCCUUUAGAGGCUCAUGGUGGACUCCUAAAUGUUUACUGUAGACAAUCAGCACCACUGAAUCCCUCCUGUCUGUAUUUUAAUAACCGUUGUUUUUGUUUUUGUUUAUUUGUUUGUUUGUUUGUUUUUCGGUCAUCUUGCCCUUUGCAUUAUUUAAAGUGUACUGUGUUGUCUGGGUCAU